AUGGAGGGGCCGGGCGCGGCGGCGGCGGCGGCGGCGGCGGGCCCCGGGCCCAGCAACGUGCCCGCGUUCCUGAGCAAGCUGUGGACGCUGGUGGAGGACCCCGAGACGGACGCGCUGAUCUGCUGGAGCCCGAGCGGGAGCAGCUUCCACGUCUUUGACCAGGGCCAGUUCUCCAAGGAGGUUCUGCCCAAGUACUUCAAGCACAGCAACAUGGCCAGCUUCGUCAGGCAGCUCAACAUGUACGGAUUCCGGAAGGUUCUGCACCUGGAGCAGGGCGGGCUGGUGAAGCCGGAGAAGGACGACACCGAGUUCCAGCACCCGUUCUUCCUGCGCGGCCAGGAGCGGCUCCUGGAGAACAUCAAACGCAAAGUCACCGGCGUGCCGCCGCUGCGGCCGGAGGAGGCGCGGCUGCGGCAGGACAGCGUGGCGCGGCUCCUGGCCGACAUGCACGCCAUGCGCGGCCGGCAGGAGAGCCUCGACUCCCGGCUGCUCACCAUGAAACGGGAGAACGAGGCUCUGUGGCGGGAGGUGGCCGCCCUGCGCCAGAAGCACGCGCAGCAGCAGAAGGUCGUCAACAAGCUGAUCCAGUUCCUGAUCUCCCUGGUGCAAUCCAACCGGAUCCUGGGCGUCAAGAGGAAAAUUGUUCAUUCCCAUUCCCGGUGUCAUUCCCGGUGUUUUUUCCCAUUCCCGGUGUCAUUCCCGGUGUCCAUUCCCAUUCCCGGUGCCAUUCCCGGUGUUUUUCCGCAGGCUCCGGGCCCGGCGCUGCUCCCGGCCGAUCCCGGCCCCGCCCGCCGCAUCGAUGACGUCACCAAUGACGUCAUCACCGACGUCACCAAUGACGUCGCCGCCCGUGACGUCACCGCCAAUGACGUCACCAAUGACGUCAUCGCCGAGCUGCCCCCGGCCGGCCCCGCCCCCUCCCCCGGACACAGCAGCCCGCCCGUCCGGAUCAAGGAGGAGCCUCCCAGCCCCGCCCCCAGCCCGCGGGGGGAGGAGCCCCGGAACCCCGGGAAUCCCGGGAAUCCCGGGAAUUCCGGGAAUUCCGGGAGCGCCGAGACGCCGCUGUCGCCCGGCACCUUCAUCGACUCCAUCCUGCGGGAAAACGACUCCGGAGCCGCGCCCGGGAACGGCCCCGAAAAAUUCCCGGAAAAAUGCCGGAGCCUCGCCUGCCUCGACAGGUCGGAGCUGAGCGAGCACCUGGACUCGGUGGAUUCCAGCCUGGAGAAGCUGCAGGCGCUGCUCGGCUCCCACGGCUUCAGCAUGGACAGCGCCCUGCUCGACCUCUUCAGCCCGGCCGUGGCCGUGCCGGAGGUGGCGCUGCCGGACCUGGACAGCGGCCUGGCCAGCAUCCAGGAUCUCCUCUCCAACCAGGAGCAGCAGAAACCCGCCGAGGCCGAGCCCGGCGCCGGCGACUCCGUUUUCGAGCUGGGCGAGGGGCCCUGCUUCCCGGACGGGGACGACUAUCCCGAGGAGUAUCCCGAGGAAUAUUCCCGGGAAUAUCCCGAGGAGUAUUCCCAGGAGUAUCCCGAGGAGUAUCCCGAGGACGCCGCGCCCCGGGACCCGGCCGCGUCCUAAAUCCGGGAUCGGGACGGGGACAGAUCCCAAAAAGGAUCCCAAAAAUCCCAAAAGGAUCCCAGAAAUCCCAAAAGGAUCCCAAAAAUCCCAAAAGGAUCCCAGAAAUCCCAAAAGGAUCCCGGAGAGGGACGGGAGCCCCCCGUGACUCGUCCUGCUUGGCGCUGAGCCCGGAGCCGCCGCCCUCGGAGCAUCCCGGGGAAUCCC